AAAUAAAAAAAUUCUCACCAACAUCCAUUAUCCAAGAAGACCACGACCCAACUUUUCCUUUUUCUCUUCCGAGAAAAUCAGGAACUGAAGAAUCCAAGAGGAAUGAUGGACUACGUUUGGUGAUAAAAGCACUCGAUGACGAUGAUGAGUUCAUGGAGCCAAACCAGAUUCUGUCAUUGCGGACCACUACAACUGAUCCCGAACAUUUGAAGGUCAUUCAGUGGGAGGACUUCCAGAACGAUCUCGCGAGGUUGGCGAGUCUCUCUUCAGCACUGGGCGAAUCCAAGGAGAAGAAGCGCGACCUUCACCGCAAGCUGGAGUCUCUCAUCCAGGCCAAUGGUGAAUCAUUAGGUCGGUUGAAUGAACUUGAGGAGAUGCAUCAGAGACUAGAAUCAAAGAAAGUGAUGAUGGAAAAUAUGUCUAUACGUUCUAGGCUUGCUAAGGAGAAUGCUAGCAAGCAGGAGGAGCAGCUUAGUGGUGCAGUGCAAUCACUUCUGGUUGCAGGGGGUGGUCUUUCUGUAUGCAGGAGAAACCUCCAAGUGAGUUUGAUUCUUUCUUACUCUAGUCAAUAUAAUGUUCUUUUGGAAAUAAUUACAAUUAAUAAGUUCAGUAGUCUAUAUGAAUUUUUCUGUCUUUUUUUAUUAGUAAUGUUGAUGAGUCUCUCUGUAAAAGGAAGGUACAUAUGGAUUGAACUUUUCUGAUUUUGUAUUGUAAUG